CUGGUGUCCUCGGGCUUAGUGGCAUAAAAGGGUGACUGAACGCAACCAGAAGAAACCGGGGGACGCCACAGGACAAAGAUCGCCGGUCGGAGCGGGAAGUUUGGCAAAGGCCUCCAAUUGGUGUUGGGUUAUGUCUAUCACUAGACCUAGCGGCCAACCAGUGUAGGGUGGGCAGGUCGAACGCAGGCCAAUCAUCGUACGCGAGAGGCGGGUUUUCCAGGGCUUGCUUUGUGCCGCCAUGGAAUUCCCAGAUCACAGCCGCCGCAUCCUCCAUAGCCUUCAAGACCAGCAGUCUCGGGGAUUCCUUUGUGAUUGUCAGGUGACUGUUGGCACUGCCCAUUUUUUGGCGCACCGGUCAGUCCUGGCAUCGUGUAGUCCCUUUUUCCAUAUGUCCUGCAGAGAGCGGCCAGAUACACGAGAACUCACCCUGAACAACCAAAUUGUUACUGCACCAGCCUUCUCUCUGCUUCUCAAUUUCAUGUACUGUGGACGUCUUCGCUUCCAGGAGGCACCUGUUGAAGAUGUUCUGGCAGCAGCCAGCUAUUUGCACAUGGAUGAGGUGGUGAGGGUCUGCAAGAAGAGGCUACAGGGAAGGGCACCAGCUGAGGCAGACAGCACUCGCAAAGAGGAGGAGGGUAGAAUAGUAUGCCAGAUGUCAGAGAGUGAAGGAGAAGGCAGGGAGCAUGAAAGACCAGAGAAUGGGCAGCUAGUGACAAGGGUCUUAAGAUACCAUGGCCCAAAUGAAGUAGAUAAUGGGCAUCAAGUAAUGUUGAAUCCAAUUUUCCAACUUCAGGAAGAACCAGGAAUUUCUAGAUAUAAGAGACAGGAGGAGGCAGGGAGUUGUCAGAGAUUAUCAGGGACUGUAAAGUAUUCACAGCAGGAAGCAACAGGAAGUGGACAGAGAGCGGCAGUGAAUUCUAGAACUGAGACAUUAAGUGCAGUGGAAAGUUACCACGAGGUAGCAGAAAGCUCAAGGUUUGAUCUGCCAGAAGGAACAGGCAGUAGUCGGGCAAUUACUAGCAGUAUGAAACUUCAAGGUCUGCAGAGAGCUGUAAAUGGGAAGGAGUUGUCAGGAAAUUCUAAGUUUGAAGUUAAUGGGAGAAGAGCAGAACAGACACUUACAGAAAGUGUGAGACAUGAUGUGCAAGAAUCAGCAGAAAGUAUUCUCACAUCUUUUACACACAAAUAUUCAACACAGAGCCAAGAUUAUGUACUGCCCUCCAGAAACUCCCCAAAGAGGCUGGAGCCUGCUGCUGGUGCACAGGGAACAUCAGGAGGUGCAAGGUAUUCACUUCAAGUGCAAGAAACUGCAUGGAUUAGUAGCCAGACACCAUCCAUAUCUAGAUUCUCUAUGCAGAACCAACAGGAAGCACAAACAACUGUGGCAGUGACAGGAACUUCCCGUUACCCUCUACAAAGACAGGAGCCCACUGCCAUGGUGGCAGUAUCAGGAACUUCCAGAUACUCUCGGCAGAGUCCAGAGAUAGUAGGCAACACAGUGACACAACCAGGUAGCUCCGGCUAUGCCAUACAGGAAUCUACAGACAACAUGCAGGAAGCACAGAUAUGUUCUCAAUACUCCUUGCACACACAAGAGCCAACGGACAGUACAAACACACAGCCAGGCCCCUCCAGAUGCAUUUCACAAAAUCCAGAGUCAUCAAGAAAUUCUGUGGCAUUGUCAGCUACAUCCAGGUGGCCACUACACCGCCCUGAUUCACCUAAUGGCAAGCAAAAGGAGGAGGGAGAGCGUGCCAAGUCUGAGUUGGUAGUUACAACAACAACUCAACCUGGCAUGGAGGUGGCGGCUGCGCUAAGUCCUUGCAGCUCCACUGGCAGUGAUGCACACCAAGCACACACAGGUGUUACUGUAAAGAUUGAAGCCAUUGUAAUAUCAGAUGAAGAAUGUGAGAGGGGAGUGAGAGCAUUUAAACGGCAUGAAUUUGAUGAGGAGGGAGAGGAGGAAUCUGGUUACCUUCCUUAUCAAAUGAUAGCAGUGCCAGGAGGGCAUCACCCAGGUUAUGGAGCCAUUCUGCCUCCUAACAUGCAUCCUGAGGCCAUGUAUUUACAGGAGUUUGAAGGCCAUCCUGGAUUCCCAAUUUUCCCAGAGGAUGUGCCCACCUGCAAAACAUGCGGUAAAACCUUCUCAUGCUCUUAUACGCUCCGACGACAUGCCACAGUGCACACACGUGAACGCCCAUAUGAAUGUCGGUAUUGUUUGCGUAGCUACACACAAAGUGGAGACUUAUACAGACACAUCCGCAAGGCACAUAGCCAACAGGAGCCAAGUGCCAAAAAACCAAAGGGGGAUAUGGAGCCAGCACCUCCAAACUUGCCUUGAAAUUAGUGGUUGGGUUUAGCAGUCACUGCUCUAAUAAGGCUACCUUUUGAGUGGCCAGAAGGAUAAUGAGCAUAUGCACAAUAUGGUCACUGAAAACAGUCUUCAAAAUGGGAGGGGCUGUGCUUUUAAAUUGCACAUUUGUUCCAAAUAGUUGUUAUUUAUUCCAUGUUAAUGUAUUUUGUAAACUAAAAUUGCCUUCUUUAUAUCUCCCUCUUCUUGUUAGGUUAUAAGGAAGUAAUUGUAACUCACAAAAAAUGCUUUUUUUUCUUGUCAGUAAAAGUAUGUUCCCAAUUAAAACAA